AUGGCAGCCUUGGAGGCAAAAGGCAAGCCAGCGUUUACAGCAAACGCAAACAGCAACCAGAUUCAUCCAUCACCGUCGGGCACUGGGAAUGCGAGCUACAUCCGGCUCUGCGAAAGACGGGACACAGGCUCCCAGCCCCAAAGCCGCCAGCCAGCCAGCCCACGUGAUUCUCUCGCUCGGAAAACCACAUUGCCCAUAAUUCCGUGGAAGAGAAAGGCGGGGGCGCGCCGCUCGUUGCUAUGGAGCCCAACGUUCCUUCUCACGCUCGGCGGGAUGCCGUUCUCUCCGGCUCGGGUGUUUGCAGAGUCCGUGCCUGCGCUUCUUGGGCCGGACAGCCGGGAGAAUGAGCCGCCAAGAGACGCGGGGGAAGGAGCGGGCGGAGGAACACCCGGCUUUCUGUUAUCGCCCGGUAGGGAGGUGCAUGUGAGCGGCAGCGCGGAGCUCAGCGCCCCGCCGGACCGGGCGAAAGUCACGGUGCACUUGCGAAGCAGGAAAGCGGAGGCCAGCGCGGCGCGGAGCAGCGUGACGCGGAGGCUGGACUACAUCGCCCAGGCCGCCCGGCAGCGCGGAGGUCUCUUGGAGAACAAUGUAACUGUGACAAAAAACUUCAGUAGAAUAGACAAUGCUUAUAAAAUGGAAGCAGAGGUCUGCAUUACAUUCAGUAAUUUUGAGAAAAUGCAAGAUGUUUGUAACUUUCUUGUUGAGAAGCUGGAUAGUUCCGUCAUCAUCAGCCCAGCUCACUUUUACCAUACUAUGGAGACUUUAGAUGCCCUUCGGCGGCAGGUAUGUCUUGCUGCUGUUGGGAGCGCCCGACAAAAAGCUCAAGAUGUCUGCCAAUUGUUUGGCCAGUCCUUGGGGAAGCCUUUACUAGUAAGAGAAGAGGAAGUAAAGGAGUGGGAAGGCCAUCAUGAAAAUCACAUAACCAACUGUUCAGAUUCACUGAGUUUGCAACAGAGACUCCAAAAUGCCACUGUCUAUGUUUCCUCAAGGAUAUUUGCUGUGUUUGAAAUAAAGGGGGAAAGGAAGAGGAAAAAAACAGCUCUUCUAAAUGUGAACUGAUCCCCCCCCCCCCCGAAUUAAGUUUGAUUACCUCCGGGAAGAAAGGUAUUCAAGACAUUCAACCUGAUUUACCAUGAUAAGAAAAUUAAAGUGACCAUGAUAUUA